CACUACCAAACUAGUCAGUGAAGUUCGCAACCUGUUCUGCCUUUUUUUAAAGAAUCGAUGCUAUUUCUCUUUUUCUCUCCGUUAAAGUUUUGACCUUUUUGUUUUUAAACGAAUCACACUCCUCAUCGUGUACAGAGCCUCCCUCUCUCCACUUCCACUUACUUCUUUGUAAGCCUCUCUUCUUUUCUCUCCAACCCUUUCCUCCAAUCUCUCUUCCGAUUUCAAGAAUGCGGAAUCUAAAGCUAUUCGAGAGGUUCAAGAGCACUCAAAUCCACGCCUUCACUUCAUCACAAGACUCUCCUUCCACAAGCACCAAUGGCAGGAGCAGCAGCAGCAGCAGCCCUCGGAUGAACUUCCUACGCCACCCCAAAUCAACCUCCAAAUCCUUCUCUCGCUCGCUUCUCCCUCACGGCUUCCCCACCACAGACCUCCUCGAGCCUCCUCUGGACUCUAACCUCAAACCCAUCGACUUGGUCGAGUCCUUAUCGAAUCUCUACAGAAGAAUCGAGUCGAGCUCCGAGUCCGAGACCUCGAUGCUCUACCUCGAGCAGUACACUGUCCUCCGCAGCCUCGGCGACGCCAAGCUCCUGCGCAGGUGUUUGCUCAACGCCAGGAGGCACGCCGUUGAUGUCCCUUGUAAGGUUGUUUUAUCCGCUUGGUUGAGAUUCGAGAGGAGAGAGCACGAGCUUGUGGGAGUUGAGUCUAUGGAUUGUAAUGGGUUUGCUAUUGAAUGUCCCAAGAGUAGUUUGAGUCGUGGUUGUGAUUUGAAUCUAGUCAACGAGCAUUGUAAAUGUUGUGAGGAAGAGGAGAUUAAAGUCUCUAUAGCAGAUGAGUUUUCUGGUCUAGACGAGGAGAGUGAUUUCACCUUCUGUGUGGGUUUAGAGAAGGCUAAGUGUGUUAGGUCGCGAAUAGCAUCCCUUUCACGGCCCUUUGAGGCUAUGCUGUACGGUUCUUUUAUCGAAUCAAGAGCUUCUGAGAUCGAUUUCUCGGAGAACGGCAUCUCAGUUGAAGCAAUGGUGGCGUUGAACAUAUACAGUAGACUCAAAAGAGUUGAUUUGUUCCGUGUCGAAACCGUCUUUGAGCUUCUUGGACUAGCCACCAAGUUCUGCUGCGACGACCUCAAGUCUGCUUGCGAGUCUCGUUUGGCUUCAUCUAUCACUGACCUUGACAAAGCGUUAACCUUUGUAGACUACGCGCUGGAGGAGCGCGCUGAGCUGCUCUUAUCAGCUUGCUUGCAGGUGUUUCUGAGAGAGCUUCCUCAGUCUCUCCACAGCUCCAAAGUGAUGAGACUCUUCUGCAGCUCCGAGGCGAAAGAAGGGUUAAGUUUCCUCGGUUCGGAGUGUUUGUUCACGCUGUACUACUUCCUCAGCCAAGUAGGGAUGGAAGAGAGGCUCGCCACGGAGGCUAUGCUGGUGUUGCUGGAGAGAACUCGUGAGUUUGCUCGCGCAAACUGGCAGAAGGCUGUGGCCUUGCAUCAGAUGGGGUGUGUUCUGUUCGAGAGGAAGGAUUACAAAGCAGCUCAGUUUCAUUUCAGAUUAGCUUCAAGCUUAGGGCAUGUCUACUCAUUGGCUGGGGUAUCAAGAACUGAGUAUAAACAAGGGAAGACGUACUCGGCGUACAAGCUCAUGAACUAUCUCAUCUCUAAGCACAAGCCACGUGGAUGGAUGUACCAGGAGAGGUCUCUUUACAACGUAGGGGAUGAUGAGAAGCUUAAAGAUCUAGCAACCGCCACUGAGCUUGACCCUACGCAGACGUUUCCUUACAAGUAUAGGGCUGUGAUGAAGUUCGAGCGGAAGCAGGUUAAAGAAGCGUUCGAGGAGGUUGAUAGAUUGAUUCAGUUCAAGCUUACUCCAGACUGUCUCGAGCUGAGGGCGUGGCUGUUUUUAGCCGUUGGUGACAAAGAGAGUUGUUUGAGAGAUAUAAGAGCAGUGCUGACUUUGGAGCCGAAGUAUGUUGUGUUUGGUGGGAGGAUGAGAAAUGAUUUGGUGGAGGCAUUGACCGCGCAGUGUAGUGAAGUAGAUUGUUGGGUGAAGCUUUACGAUAGAUGGUCAGCGGUGGAUGAUGUUGGUUCGUUGGGUGUUGUUCAUCAGAUGCUUCAGAAUGAUCCCAGCAAAAACUUUCUGAGGUUUAGACAAUCUCUUCUUCUCUUAAGAUUGAAUUGUCAAGGAGCUGCGAUGAGGUGCUUGAGAAUGGCAUGGAACUUGGCUGCUUCUGAGGCGGAGAGGUUGGUCUACGAAGGUUGGCUUUUAUACGACAUGAGUUAUGUAGACGAAGCUCUUACUAAAGCUGAGAAGGCAAUCUCCAUUCAACGCUCCUUUGAAGCAUUUUUCCUCAAAGCAUAUGUUCUAGCUGAGAAGAAUCUCGACCCGGACGAGAGCUCUUGCGUGGCUCAGGUUCUAGAGGAAGCCCUCAAGUGUCCUUCCGAUGGGCUACGCAAAGGACAGGCUCUGAACAAUCUUGGGAGCAUCUACAUCGACUGUUCGAUGCUAGAUCAAGCUGAAACUGCAUACAAGAACGCUCUAGAGAUCCAACACACUCGUGCACAUCAAGGCCUAGCAAGAGUUUACUUCCUGAAGAAUCAACGUAAAGAAGCGUGCGAGGAGAUGACAAAGCUGAUUAACAAGGCGUUUAGCAAAGCAGCAGCUUACGAGAAACGGUCUGAGUACUGCGAACGUGAAAAAGCCAAAGAAGAUCUCGACAUGGCCACAACACUUGACCCUCUGCGAACCUAUCCUUACAGAUACCGAGCUGCCGUCCUGAUGGAUGAUCAGAGAGAGACAGAAGCAGUGGAAGAGCUGUCUAAGGCUAUAGCUUUCAGACCGGAACUGCAAACGCUGCAUCUCAGAGCAGCGUUCCACGAGGCUACGGGGAAGCUUUCAUUGGCUGCGCAAGACUGCGAAGCUGCUCUCUGUUUGGACCCUAACCACACCGAGACGCUUCAUCUAUACAGCAGAUCCAAGGAUCAAGCUUCAUCCAUUGACAACACCAUUGUUGGCUUAGAUUAGUAGUUUCUAAGGGGACACCUAAAGGGCAGGCUCCUUUGUCUUUAGUUUCCAUCUGUGGUUAUGAUCUCCAUCUCAGUCCACCACCGUGGAGAUAGCCUAGGCAGUGCUGCAUCAGCUUCUAUUCCGGUGAUCUCCCUCAACUUCACCGCAACCUUUCUCAUUGUUGGCCUUUGAGCUGAGUAUGGAUUCAUACACUGCCUAACCACUCCCAACAACCUCUCAGCAACAUCCUCCUGAAACGUUUUCAGGGUCGGGUCUACAAGAUCUCUCGCCGGCUUGGGUUCAAGAAACAAAGAAUCAGGGUCUGGGAGCCUCCCGCUGAUGAUUUCAAACAAAACGGCGCCAAAGUUUAAGACGUUGGUUUGUGGAUCAAGCGUUGAGUGUUCUAAAAGGUUCUUGCUCGAGGAGGAUUCUUUGGAGGGGGAGAUGAAGUUGAGGACGGAGAAGUCUGAGACUUUGGCGGCGUUGUCUUCGGUUAAGUAGAUACAAGAGGAGUCCAAGUUGGUGUGCAAGAUGGGUGGGUUGAGAUUGUGCAUGUGCUCUAGACAGUAAGCUAUUCCCAUGAAGAUUCUGAGUCUUGUAGGCCAGUCCAAGUGCUCCGUGUGUUGAGCUUCCAUGAAAAAGAUCAGUUCAACCGCUUACAGAUCAGAUUGUGUUAAGUUUAAAAAAUAGAGUACUCACAGUGCAGAUGCUCGGAGAGUGAUCCAUUAGGAGCGUAUUCGAAAACAAGCAUUCUGUGGAAGGGCUCGUUCUCAUGGCAAUACCCAAUCACAUUCAGAAAGUUCUUGUGAUCUACUUUUGCUAACUUACGAAUCUGCACAGACAGAGAAGAAUCAUUUUCUGUUGAAAACAAGCACAUUACCAGGUUUCUGAUACCUUUUGUAGCAGCUGUAUUUCCAUAUCGGUAGACCAGUUUGCACGAGAACCAGCCGCGAUGGAGACGACAGCAAUUUCAGCACCAGUGGAUAAAGUCCCUUUAUAGAUGGUACCGUCUGAGAAAGAGCCAAUGAUGUUACUGAAGUCUUCACAUGCUGCUUGUAGCUCUGAUAGCUGCUGCCUCGGAACAUCUGCCACAGUGCAAAACUAUAGCAUCAGAGAAGAGAAGAAGGAUAGAGAGUGAAGACUAAAGAGCGUGUGUUGCCUGUGAUAAGAGGAUUUUGAAGCUGGCCACUGCUGGUCCAAGGCUUGAUUGGAAUUUUUCGGGUGUGGAUAAGAAAGAAGAUGAUUAAUGCCACCGAGACUGUGAACACGCCAACGACUAUGCCCACGAUCAUAGAAAUAUUAAUAGUCUUUUUAGUCCUUGGAGGUGGAGACAGAAGUUGUGGAGGAGGAUCAGAAGGUGGGUUUGGGGUUUGUGCUGUCCUGACACUACUAGGAGGAGGGCUUGGGGUUCCAUCUCCUCCUGGUGGUGUUUGAGUUUCUGGUGCUGGAGGUGGUUUUGUGGAGCCUUCAAAUGCUUGAUCAGGAGAUGGAGGGGAGGCACCCACAGCAGGAUCUUUGCCCGGAAGAGGUGGUGUCUCUACCAGGCUGCGACGGUUCCAAGAAGCUUCGGAUUGGAUCAGUGAGUGAUCUUGAGAAGGAUCAAAGACUUCUGCAGGUUUUUCAGGAAAUAAACUGUCAUAAUACAAAAGAUUGUAGAGAGAGACAGAGAUAAGGAUGGAAGAAAGUUACCUUGAGUUUUGAGAUUCAGAGGAAGAAAGGUGAGGAAGAUGAUGGAGAAUGCUGUUCGGAGAUUGAAUCUCAUAGGAGAUUCCAUAGCUUCUGUGCCCUUUCUUCCUGAAAGAAGAAGGAACAAGAGGAGCAGUUGAAGAUUGAAGUCGUCUCUCAGGGACAAAGGAAGACUAAUCAACGGUUGCUACUCUUUUAACCUUUUUUUUAAUUUAAAUAAAUUGCUUAUUAUUCCAAUCAUGAAACUUGUUGACUUGUAUGGUUAUGUCCUUUACCUCUAAUUGGUCUAUUUCGUGAAUGUAUCUAGCUUUCCUUUUACUGGAUCUAACAGUCUCUUCUUGUUAAAUCUCGUUGUGGUGGCAAUCAAGUUGCGGGUUUUGUGGUA